AUGGAGUCUCCCAAGACCUUCAUGAGAGAGCUGCCCAUCACACCAGGAUACUGUGGCUUCAUACCAUGGCUCAGUUGCCAGGAAAGCACCAGCGAGGACCGCAUGAAUCCCUGUGUGAAAGCGUUCCAGGAGAGAACCCAGAGGUACAAGGAGGAGCAGCAGGCACUAAACUGGUGUGUGGCCAACACGCGGCCACUGAAGCCCAUCUGUUCUGAGGACACGGUCCUGUGGGUGUUGCAUGAGUAUGCCAAGAAGUACCACCCCCUGACUCUGGAAUGCAAAAAUGAGAAGAAACCGCUGCACGAGCCCCCUAUCCCUGGCUGGGCAGGCUACCUGCCCAGAGCCAAGGUCACUGAAUUCGGCUAUGCCACGAGGUAUACCAUCAUGGCCAAAAAGUGCUACGAGGACUUCCUGGGUUUGGUGGCACAAGCCAAGAGGGCUCAACUGAAGCCAUAUGAGCAAACAUACGAUGUGAGGGUUGCCCAGCCUUUUAACCCUUCUCCAAAAGUCUUGCAGCUGCAAGGUCUCCCACCCUCGUACCCAGAAUCCUCUAGCACAGGUCAAACACCCCCAAGUGAGGACCCCCAGGCUCCCAAGCCCUGUGGCUGUGCUCAGUGGUCCAGUCUGUCAUGCAGCAGGAAUGUGUAUGGAGAGCCACCGUCCUUGGCAAAGACAUUUGCAGAGAGCUAG